CAAGCAGCAACAAUGGCUGGUGCUCUCUCCUCUUCAGCUUUCUGUAUCCAGCAUCUACCACCCACCACUCACUACACACCACUCACCACCACUACACACACCACACACACCACACCACUUCCAUCCAUGUCUCUCUAACAUCAUCCUCCCUCCGGAUCGAUCUCCCAUCCUGACAUCUGGGGUUGACUCUCCCACACCAGGAGGCCUGCCUGCAUUGCCCGGUUGAGGUCCCCGGUGCUGGCUGUGUCGUCCAUCCUCAAUCUCCUCCUCCUGCCUGUCGACCGUCGCUCAUUCCAAUGAGUACGCGACCGGUGGAUAUCCUUCUGUGCCUCCAGACCUUCCCCCUCCCUCUCCCCCAGUAUGGCCUCCAUCAUGGAUACGGGCUUUCUGCCCAUGAUCAAAUGCUCCAACUGCGGAAUGGGCGUCGAGAUCUCCGCCAUGGGAGAUCACGUCUGUGCCAAACCGGUGUCUGCCCCAUCGCCAAUUCCCCAAUCUCCCCCCCCGCCGCCCCCCAAGUCCGACGAGGCUUUGCCGACCAGGAGACCCAGCGAUGGCUGGUCCAAGCCCGGGAGAUCGGGCCCGCCGCCUCGUAUCGACCCGGCCAUAGCCAAUCGUCCCUUUCUACAUCCUGCGAGUCCAGUCAAUAACAAUGACCCCCUCGUCCCGUCCCCUCUCUCCACCGGCAACCGAUCCCCAUUUCGUGCCCUCCAACGAAGCCAGACAUCUCCCCUCCCAGAUGAGCCGCAAUCCCCGGAUUCGAUCAAUCUCGAAACCGCCUUUGCGUCCUUUCCCCUCCCUCGAUCCAUGUCGGACCGACGUCCCAACGGCCUGCUGGAUGUGAAGGAGUCAUCACCGCCAAUGCCAUCCCCCCGGUUCGGAAAAACACAGGCACAUCCCGGUCCACCCCCGACAGACUUGCCCCCGCCGCCCCUCCCGAAGGACCCCCCGGGCAUGCACAGACACGGGGCCUCGAUCGACAGCAAGAGCAGCUACCGGACCUCCCUCGCAAGCACCCGCUACGGCGAAAACCGAAACUCGAAACGCUCGACGGCCAUGUCGAGCCGUCGGCCCUCGUUUGGUAGCGUCGCCCCUUAUAAGUAUCUGGACGAUGCCCCUCCCGUCCCGUCAGCCGCCCCGCAGGCGCUGCUCCGACCAAGAACCUCAGAUUCGUCCGUCACCGGACUGGCGGACAAGAGCGCAGGUCGGGGCGAAAUCUACAGCGGCUUCGACUUCGGCACGCCGGACAGGCCGGCGAGUGCCAAGGCGGAGAUCGACCAUGUCCAUGCGGCCGCGCUGCGGGUCUCGCACAGCUCCGGCCGGCUGAGCAGCACCCGCGGGUCCGCCGAGUUGUUCUUCCAGAGUCCCGCCCAGAGCUCGUACGGACCCCCAGUGGACUUCGAACUUCCCGCUGAACCACUGGCUUCGCCCGCGAGCCCCGCCAACGGGGAAUACAAAGCGUUCAAACCGCCCAGCUCGGACUUCCUCCAACCGACCGACGCGGAAGUCCCGCGCUCGCAUGAGCGGAGUGCCAGCCAGCGGACGAACUCGGAUGCGGCCAGCGAAGGCAGUGCCUCCGUGACCAACUUCGCACGUGCCCUGGGCCUCGAUGUGCCUGAGGAGGCCGACAGCUCCAUCACCUCGUCCGACUCCUCCCCCUCGGACACCCGCAGCGGCACCUCCCUCUCGAGCCUGCCCUCAGAGGCCAGCAUGUCGCGACGGAAACCGUCUGACCAACGCCCGGUCAUGGACAAGCUGAAAACCGAACAGCCCGUCCUGGGCCGACCGGUGAUCGAGAGCCCCACCGCGCUGGAGCCCCCGCGCAUGCCCGAGACGCUGUUCAGCCCGGACUCGCCGACGGACCCGGCCAUAAGCCAGGGGAGCCUGUCGCUGGUGUCAGAGAUAGAGAAGUCCCCCGUGGAAGAGGAGCCGCGACCCAUCGCGCGGUCCACGACGGCGCCGAUGCCGCGCCCGUCGCCUCGUCCGAAAGGCCCAUGUCGUGGCUGUGGUGAGAUGAUCCUGGGCAAGUCGGUUUCGUCGGCGGACGGCCGUCUCACCGGCCGCUACCACCGGGCUUGCUUUGUCUGCUUCCACUGCCGCACCCCUUUUCAGACUGCGGACUUCUAUGUGCUGCAAGACCGCCCCUACUGCGCGCAGCACUACCACGAGCGCAACGGCUCGCUGUGCCACACCUGCCACACCGGCAUAGAGGGCCAGUACCUUGAGACCGUUGAACGGCGGGGCCGCGGGCCGGCGGACUGCCAGAAGUUCCACCCGGACUGCCUCAAGUGUCGCACCUGCCAGAUCCCCUUGAAGGGCGACUACUUCGAGUGGUAUGGGCAGGUGUACUGCGAGCGUGACGCGCGACGAGCCGCGGCGGCCACCCCGCCCCCUCGUCCCCGGCGUCCCACGAUGCCUCCGUCCCCGCUGGCCCCGUCAGGCCGUGGAUAUCCUCCGCCCCCAGGCUACCCAGGACCUGGCAUGGGCCCUGGUAUGGGCCCCGGCAUGGGACCCCCCGGCAUGGGACCACCAGGACGCGGACGUGGACGCGGGCUGCGCCCCCCUGGUCCCCCCGAAGGCCCGUACGCGGCAGCCGGGGCCCCCCCGCCGGCUCGACGCUUCCCCGAGCGGCGCACUACGCGCCUGAUGAUGACAUGA